AGGAUUAGUGGAAUCUCGGGCACGUUUGCCUUGGGGACUGGAUUUUCUUAAACACCUCUAUUCACCCCCCCUCUAGAGGUGUGAAAGGCGUCUAACAAUGGUAGCAGCUGAAAGUGACGAGUCAUCCAGUUCAAGCUCGGAUGAAGAAGCCCUCGUCUGCAUGGAGCGCAGAGCUGAGAAGUCCAACUAUGAAGAUCGGUGGACUAUUUCAGAAGAUGACACUCUCUACCUAAUGGCCAAAGAUGAUGCUGAACAAGAGGUAACUUCACAAACCUCCUGCUCAUCUUCUUAUGAAAGCAUACCAACUUCUGAAAAUCUUUUUGACAAGUUCAAAAAGAUGAUGGAAGAUUUUGAGGAAAUAAAUCUUAAACAUUCAUCUUUAACAGAACAGAACAAGUUAUUGAGUGAAGAGAUUCUCCAGUUGACUGAAGGUUGGAAAAGUCAACUAAGUGAGAUCACUCAACUCAAGGCUGAGAAUGAAUCUCUUUCUGAAAAGUUGAAAUCCCUCAACAAGGGUCGUGAAGGACUUGUGUAUGACCCCUCCAGUUCCAAAAGGAAAGGGAGAACAACAUUCAUUCCUCCCAAACCUACUGUCAAACCCAAUAAGCAGAAAGGUAAGGAGAAGGAAAAGGCAACAGAAGUUCCCAAAAAGGUAGUCCCUCCUAAAAACUAUAGCAAGCUGGACACACCUCAAAGAGGAAACAAUUUCAGAAGAAAACCUUCUAACUCACACUAUACUCGAGGCUAUACUCACUAUGGGGUAGAUAGAAUUUUUCCAAGAAACUCUGAGUGGAGAACUAUGCCAAGAUAUAGUCAUCCUCCACCCCAGAAAUUAUUUGUUCCACAUAAGUAUGCUUACAACCCUCACAGGUCACACUAUACACAACCUAGAUAAAACCACAGGUCUCAUAAACCUAGGUUUGCUAGGAGGAAACAGGAAAUUGCACCACCUGCACGUAUGAGAAGUCUAUUUCGUUCUUAUCAUUUACAUCAUAUUCUAAACUUUAUUGCACGUAAAUAGUAUAUAAUCAUCUCAUAAAACGUGUUUUUAAUGAAUAAAACGCUCAUUUUCGUUCCAAGAGUCAUAAAAAGGGAUUCCACUU